AUGGCGACCAUUCCCGGGGCUCCCUCCGACUUGCCCUUGGAGCAACUCGACCUCUACCAGGCCUCCGAUCCCUUCCUAUCCUUCGUCUUCGUCUUCUACGGCCCCGUUGCCACCGCCAAUGCCACCGUCAGCAGUUCGCGCAUCCAGGCGCAUAUUCUGACCCCCGCUGGGUUCCAGAGCUACUCCCGCAUCACAAUCUCCCCCGCAGCCCCGUUAUAUGCCGCCGUCAACCAUCUGCCCCGCGAAAAGCAAGGCGACGAGGUGUGUCGCGGGUUGGCCGUCAGUAUGUUGAAAUACUUCGCCGACCUGUCCGAUUCCGCCAAGGAGUGUUUGCAAGCUCGCGCCCGCACGGGGUCAUCGGACGGAAGGAUCCCCAAAAUGUUCGAUGAGAUGCAUGCGGCGGAUGUAGCGAAUCGUAUGACCAAGGUGGAACAUGCGGAGAUCGUGCGCGACAUCCGUGGUGCCUUCCAGGAGCGGAAAGUUCCGUGGGUUGACAUCGAUGUGGUUUUCCCCGCAGACACGAUUCAGCCCGCUCAGGAUGCGGAUAUCGAGGAUGCAGUCGAUCUUCAAUACGGACAGUAUACCUCUCUUAUACGUUCCUUGGGGCCGCCGACGAUCUUAUCUACAUCGCGAUUGAAACGCUCCCCCUCACAGCCCACAAACGUGAGCAAGUCCAGGGUGUUCACGAGAAGCCAGAAGGAAUCGUUCCGUCUGAAGAUGUGCGAGUUUGUGGAUACGGAGGAGAGAUAUGUCAACAAGCUCUACACCCUUGUGUGCCAUGUCGCUGAGGAUUUCCGAAUCAAAGCUCAAGAGAAGACCCCAUCCAGCACCAGUCCCAACGAGUCAGAUCUCGCGACCCUGUUCCCUCCAUGCCUAAACGAGAUUCUCGACGUCAAUAUGGGCUUUUUGGGUGUCAUUCGCGACGUCCUUGAGGAGACGGAGAAGGACGCUAUCGAUGACAUUGGUGUGGAUACCGAACUGCCUUCUUCCAUGUCACAGAGGACACCUUCAAGCCAGCUGGAAAAUGAUGCCGUCGGUGCCGUCGCAUUUGCUAACGCGCUCUUGGAAUGGUUUCCGCGAUUUUCACAACCUUACGCCGACUAUAUGCGCGCUCACACGGGCUUCACUCAAACGCUAAACUCAUUCAUGAGAGAUAAGCAUUCCAGCUUCUCAAGGCGUGUGCAAGACACUGGAGAACAGCUUCUCCGGUCGUUGUUGAUGGAACCGGUCCAGCGACUUCCCCGGUACAGCCUUCUGAUUGAUACUAUGACCAGCAGCCUUCCCUUCGUGCAUCCCGCUCUCCGACCAUUCCUGAAAGCGCGAGACGUCAUUAAGGAGAUAUGCUCGCUGGACGACCCAUCGUCAACGAAUCAUGACCAAAGUUUCCGACGUCUGAAAGAGUUGGUAGAUGGAUGGCCAUCGACUAUCCUUCCGACGGGCCGUUUGAUCACAGCUGUGGAUUUCCAUGAGCUAUUACCACCAUACCACUUGAGCAAUACGAUUUCAGAUCCGGCGCCGGGAAUCAUGUUGAUUUACAAGAAUUGCCUGGUGCUGUUGGCGAAAGCAGCCGCAAGCACGGCCACUGCGCGCAGCUUGUUAUCCGAGCUAGACAACGCUGCAUCGACGACCAAUGGCUCUUCCCGUUCGCUCCCCUCACCAGACAUUCGCGUGGUUCAAGUGUACGAUCUUCACACAGUUCGCUGCAUGCAAUCCACAUGUGGAAGGAUAUUGUUUCUUGCCCCCACAUCCGUCACCUCGGGGCCCAACCAAAAUACUACCGUGGAUCUUUUGGCCUUGGAACUGGGUUCUAUGUACGAGGCCCGAGCCAACCGAGUGAUUGAGGAGAUCGUCAAAGCAAAGAUUGAAGACAGAUUCCCGGAAAGUGAACGUGACAAUGGCAAGUGGUCCCUACGAAGUCCCUCCGGUACUGCGGGCAACCUUGGUAUCUUGGCCUGUGUGUUUGAAGACAACCAGAAUGCAUCGACCAAUCGUGCCAAGUCGUCCAAAAUAAAGAUGGUGUUCAAUACCCCCAGAGCAGAAUGCAGUCAGAUCCUACAAAGCUCGGACCUCGAGAUGAUCAUCUCCGUGUCAUUGUGCGGCGAAGAUCAGUUUCGGGUAGAUAUUGAGUCGGCUGUUGGCAUAACUUGCUCCGACAUUGUGACCGCGGACGCCUUCGUCCCCGUGCUCUCCAAACGCCUUUUGAGUGUACUUGUUCCUCUACACGGCCCUCAAAACCGAACUAUGACGGAAUCCAUCGUGCAUUCCAACUUCGAGAUCCUUCGCUACCUUGCUGGAUACGUAUAUUCCCAAGUAAAGACGCAGCGCGGCUUUCGUCCUCCUUCUCCGUCCAAGCUUCUGUCGAGCCUGUUGGGUGGUGGUCAGUCGAAAGACAACGGUGCGUCUAAUUCUAGAACACCAAAUUCUGCGACUUUACUUGGUGAAUUCCCAAAGAUGCCUCCACCGCGAGCAAACCUCUCACGGUCCAACACCCUUCCUUCGAGUUUUCCAGGAAAGGACAGGAAAGACGACGGCCCAAGUAAGAUCUCAGUGGUGGGCUCGGCCAACGCUAAAGGACAGGAGAGUGCUUUCAGUGUCUUGGAACAAACAUUCGCGGCCUACGUACUGGCGCUGCAGUCACGGAGUGGGAAUAUCGUAGGCCGGUCUCUGCGCACGAGGGACAGCGUGGACCGGUCCUCGGUUAACGAACUCUACAAUAUCUUACUUGAGGAUCCUGGAAAGAUCCAGGCGGCAGCAGAGGUCCCUGUUGACACUCUAUUCGUCGCCUUUGAAACCUUCAUGGCCAUCGCGUGGAGGGAACACAUGGGACCUGUGCUUGAACCUCCAGUGCUGAGGCUUCUCCAGAACCAAUUUGACACCAUGUUUCCUCGCGAUUUCGAUGACAUUUUCCGCAAAAGUCUUUCCGACAUGAGUCCGCAGAAUCGGCGGGCUUUAGCGUCCCUCGUUCGGUUACUGGCAGAGUUACUAGAUGCAUCUGGGAACGAUGGUGACAGGGGUGCUUUGACCGCUGCAUUUGCAGAGAUUUUGACAGUUGAAGGAGACCCAAUGCAUCAUGUGUCCCUCUUAGAUCGGCUGGUAGAUGAUUUCGAUUACCUGUUCGAGGAGUAUAUUCCCGGUGGUGCAUCCCUUGAAGGAACCCUGAAUUGUGACCAGACAAAGCCUGUUUCACAGAAUACAGGAUCUGUCAGCUCAAACGCAUCCUCUUUCAGGAAACGUUUUGGCUUCAGCUUGCAUCGAGAGAACUCCAAACUGGAGGGUGAGAGUAAGGUGUCUUCUAUCUUGAGGACUCUUAGCAAAAGCAAGGGGUCGGGUGAUUCUGAACCCGGCACCCCUAAAGGGUCGCUUCUUCGUUCUAAGUCCAUUGACAUUGACACCGGGCUCGGCCAUCUUCUUCGACCAGGGUCACGCGAUCGUCUGGGGUCUUCCCAAGAACACCUUCGGCGGCCAGGCAGCUCGCAAGAGGAAACGCCAUCUUUGUCUUCAAUACGUGGCAUUUCAUCUAAUGGCGUUGUCAAAGUCCGACGGAAGAGGAGAAGUUCCUUGUCCGAUUUGAGGCCUGAUACGGCGUCCACGGAUGCAUCCUCCAUCUCCCCUAGCCAUGGGCAAAGGCCUACAACUCCACUGUCUUGCGCUCGCCCUGGGCCAGGAGCCAUGACUCCAACCAGACAUGACCAGCCACAGACCAGUUUCGGAUCCGGAUCCACUCGAAGCACAUCGCCCGUGAAGAGCAGUUCCCCUAGUCGUGCUUCUCCCAGUCGCCGGUCACCCAUCCGUCCAGUGACCCCUAGCCGCAAAGAGAACGUCGAUCCGAAGUUCACACAGACAGAAAGGUCACCAAAGAAGAAGGUAGACAGAUCUGUGUCUCCCACGCAAGAGUUGAAGAGGAGAUCAAGAGCCACCAGCAUACCAUCGUCAAGAACAAUAGGCCUAAAGGAAAGAGCAGUUCCUGUGAAUGGCGCCGAUGUGAAACGACCCCAGUCUUCCUCAGGUUCCCAGAAGCCCCAAAAGUUGCGGAUGCAAAGCCCUCAAAAGCUUCGCGAUCGUCUCCAGAGCGAAAAGAGAGUCCAAGGUCUCGCACAACUAGGGUUGAAAGAUGAGCUAGAUCUCAUCGGUGAAGAGCUACGCUCCUUAAAGAUCAACCCACAGUCACUUAGGGCUGCUGGACAAAGCUCUGAAUCGCUCGGAGAAUCAUCUUCUUCAGCUACCAACGCAGCGCUUUUGUCUCGCGUGCAUAAUCUUGAACUCAAGUUCGAUGCAAUAGCGGGCGAGUUCCAUGGCCGGACUUCAGCCAUAGAGAAGGACCUGGAGUCGUCUCUAGUCGUCAGCGAGAAACGCGCCAAGAAACUGGAUGAGCUGUAUCGUGAGGCCAGUGCGGAAAACGAAGCCUUGUACGACCGCUUUAAUCUGGAGCUAAACAAAAUUGCGAAAGAGGUGCGAUCAGGCAACGCAGAGGAUGCACUGAAAGCCCAACUCUCUUCAGCACUCGAGGAGAUCGGAAGACUCAAGAAAGAGAACUUUCGACUCAAGAGAGAAGUCGGGGGUCUACGCGCCCAACAGGCCGCUGUGGCUCUGUUGAAAGCGAGCGAAUGA